AUGUCUCUCCAUCGAUUGGGACUCGAAAAUGACGGGUUUUCUGAAGCAAAGAGAAGGGCUUGGUGGAUGACCUACUUUUGCGCGCAUCUGUGCUCCGUAGUUCGACAAAGCGCAUGUUUAAAUAUCGACGACGACAGCCAAUUCACAACACCAUAUCCACGAUUCGAAUGCGAUCCAGAAGCAUGGUUAAUCUUCCUCGAUGCUCUGCGAAUCGGGGUAGCAAGUGUCAAGUUUACGUCCAGCUAUAACGAACAACUUAACUCACACGCGGAAAUGUCCUCUAUUAACGAACAGAUGAAAUUACUUGACAGCUGGGUUCUACAAGUCUCUCAUCGCGCAGAGAACCACGUACCCGUCUCAGGCUCCGUGGAACUUGAUCCUGCAUACGAGUCCGCUACUGCGCAAGUAAUGCGACGACUUUCACGAAUCAGAUUAUCUAGCACGAGAAUUCGCCUCCAUCGAUUUCAAGCCUUUUCGGAUACCCCCCUCUUCAGCGCGAAUCACUGUGAUCUCAAGACAACAAAUAGCUUCAAUACGUCCGCCAACAUCUCAAAUGAGACGAAUAUUGCUCCAUACGAUAUACUCCAAUCCCCUGCUUUCACUUACGAUCAGUCGACCGAGAUUUGUGUGUCAUCCGCGUUAACAAUCGCAAGACAGUUACAAAGACUACCCUUCCCUAGCACAUCCAACGGGAUAACUAGUCCUCGGGCAAUGCCUACAUGCACAUGUUGUGCUAUGCAAGCUAGUUACGUCUUACUGAUGCAAUUCUAUAAACUUCACGCCGCCCGUGCUCAGCCGAUACUAUUCGGAGAUCUGUCCCAAGAUACAGAGCGCACAGUUGACGAACUUCGGCAUGGUUUAGAAGAUAUCAUUUCUUCAAUGAACAAUUUUGCAACUGCAUUUGAAGCAAUUGCGGGAAUGCGAGAUGAAAUCGAGAUUGCCUUUCGUAUUGCUUUUCCAGGGUAA